AUGGUGCCAACGUUCUCUGCAGCUUCUGCGGCCGUCCUGGGCCUUUUGGGUGGAUCUACCUUUGCACCCAGGACCUCAAUUCUUAAUGCGACGAGCCGGAUCCUGGCACCCAAAAUUGGCCUGAGAAGCCGCAGCCCUGCCGCUCGUGCGGACCAGUUGAGCUUCUUCACCGAGAACACUGCUCAACAGUUGACCGGAUACAGCCCAGACCAGAUCGAGCUUAUUUUGAAACAGCGAGAGGAAGUGCAGUCAACCAUUGAAGAGAAGAAGCUUAGGACUCUCACAACUUCUUCUCCCGAUGAUGAGACCGACCCUGCCCGCCCACCUUGGGUCCCCAAGCUUAGUAAAGAGUGUACUUAUACCGCCUGUCCGAGGUGCCGGCCCGGGUACGCAGCCAGGUCAUUUCUAAGUAUUGACGCGGUGGCCAACGGGGAGGUGCUGCCUACUUCGGCCUUGGGUUUUGGCUUCCAUCCGAUUGGGGAGAGACCUGUUGUGGAUGCCGAGAUACUCAAGACGAUAGGGAUCCGAGUCCCAGACCCGUCACCGUCCAACACACCGAUUCAACACACUUUUCUAUGUGCUGAGGAAUUCAGCACCGGGGAGCCUGAGGACCCCUCCAAGAUGCAGCCUGUUAUUCGAGGAGAUGACGGAGAAGGAGAGGAAGGUGAAAUACACUCCUGCAAGGAGUCGACGGGAGGCGACGUGUCGAAUACUAGUCGCUCACCGCCACCGCCACCCAUCGUUAGCAGAAACCUCAAGCAUGCUUCCACUUGCAGCAAAACACUCGGGGACAGGCCUCUGACCUCAGAGUCGGGUUUUGCAAAGGACACGGUAAUCAUGAAGCCUGACUGCGAAAAUGCAGACGAUCCGCAACCGAACGGCGAGAGGCCGGAUCAGAGUUCAGACGACAGCGCCCUCCUCUCACUCCUCCAAAUGAAGGGUUCUGCUCGCAGACGUUGGAACGGGGCAAGAGAUCUGGGUAUCGGCACAGACAGUUCUCGCCUGAACUUGUGGCUGUGA